UUUCUUUUAUCUGUAGUACUUGUAUAAUACCUACACAUUUUUGAUGAAGGAACAUUGUCAUCGUUUGUCAAAAUUAUUGUCAAAUUCCGAUAAAAAUUGUACUUUACGAGCGCAUUAAUUGCAAAAAUAGGUAAUUUGCUUUUAGCAAUUUUCGCCAUCUAGUUGAGGCUACGCCCUGUUUUGUGAGGACAGCUUUGCUGGAUUUAGCUAUCAACAUAGGCCUAUCAGACACUGCCGUUAUGGAUAUGAUGGUAUCGACUUUGCAACAGCAACGUGCUGUGACCGAGCAAUUGAGAAGAGAAGCUUCGAUAAAACGGAUUCCUGUUUCCGUAGCUGUUGCGGAUAUAGUCCGAUUUAUAAAUGAGCACGGACAAGAGGAUUGUCUCCUCGUCGGUUUUUCGAGUCAGAAAGUAAACCCUUUUAGAGAGAAAAGUUCUUGCACUGUCCUGUAAACUUGGUUGUUUGCCAUCAGCUUAAUUUUUGAUGUGAAGCAUAAAUACGUGUUAAAUGUUCUAACAAAUCUUACGUUUGGUACUAAGGAAAAUCAACAGCUUAGUUUUUCAUUUAUGUGUUAUCUAAUGUGUCACUAUAAUUUCUUGCGCCUGUUAAUUAUUCUACUAAAGAAGUCUCACUGUUUUAUGUAAGGUGUAUCUGUGAAAUUUACUGUUUGUAAUUUAUUAAAUGAAAAAUUCAAAG